AUGCCAAAGAUCUUCAAGUCAGGCAAGGUUUGCGUCGUAUUGAGUGGUAGAUACGCAGGUAAGAAGGUCGUCGUCAUUAAGCAAUUCGACGAGGGCACAAAGGAGCGUCCAUACGGCCAUUGCCUUGUCGCUGGUGUUGAGCGUUACCCAUUGAAGGUCCACAAGCAAAUGGGUGCUAAGCUCAUCCAACGCCGCUCAAAGGUCAAGCCAUUCAUUAAGAGCAUCAACUACAACCACUUGAUGCCAACCCGUUAUGCACUCGAAUUGGAAGGUUUGAAGGGUAUCAUCUCCCAAGAAACUUUCAAAGAACCAACCCAACGUGAAGACGCAAAGAAGCAAAUCAAGAAGUUGUUCGAAGAGCGUUACCAAUCUGGUAAGAACAGAUGGUUCUUCCACGCACUCAGAUUCUAA